UGUUUCACGAGAUGUGCGUUUCCAGGAGUUCGGACUUCGGAGUUGUCAGAACUCAGAAGUGAUCAGCAUUCAGAUCUUCGAAAGCAAGCAUUCAGAUCUUCGAAAGCAAGCAUUCAGAUCUUCGAAAGAUUCUGCUUUACGAAACGCAUGAGCAAGCUCGAAGGAUUGGGCAUAGUGGUGAUAGCGAAGCUUUAAGAACAACAUGAGUGCGCGUUUGGGUUUGAGGACAGUUGCGUCGCUCCCAAGGCGUUUCGGUCCAUCGUUAUGGUACUUGACGGAGUUAAACAAUCGUUCAUCCAGGUGUCUUUCCUACACGCAGUCCCGCUUUGCGACUGUUCAGGAGGAAAAGCGCACUCCUGACUACAGUAAGAUGUCUCUUCCUCUGAAAUUUAUGAUACGACUUAUUGUGGGAUAUCGGGACUACGGCCUGACGGCGUUGACGUUCCAUGCUGUAUGCGCUGGUUUCUCCCUGGGUUCGAUCUGGUAUCUGAUCUACAAAUUGUGGAUAAAUAAAGUGUUUCGUGGGCCGUUGUAGUGGAUACGAUGUGGUGGGCUUUUUGGCACGACUGGGAUUUGUGUCACCGUUUAACCUGCUGCUAUCCCAUAUCCAACAGGCAUUUGGAGGCUCCCAUUUUGCCUUAGCGUAUUCGAUACAUAAAGCUUUUUCUCCGGUCCGGG